CAUACAAGGACAAAUUUUUUGAUAAACGUGAUAGAGAGAGGCAGAGACAAAACAGAGAAAUAGAUAGAUAGAGAGAAGGGUAGAGGGUUUUGUAAAGUUGCUUUGCUUGUAUAUCAUUUUGCUCAUUUAAUUUACAGUGAGCAUAGGAAUUGAAUUGAAGAGUUAGUGUAAAGUUGAGAGCGUAUUCUUUAGUCUUUACACACACACACACACAGAAAACACAAACAUGUAUGAUGGAGUCCCUGACCAAUUCCACCAAUUCAUAACUCCAAGAACUUCUUCAUCAUCACUACCUCUUCACUUACCUUUCCCUCUUUCAACACCAAACAAUACCUUCCCUCCUUUUGAUCCUUAUAAUCAACAAAACCAUCCUUCUCAACAUCACCAAUUGCCACUCCAAGUUCAACCUAAUCUCUUGCACCCUUUACACCCUCACAAAGAUGAUGAAGAUAAGGAACAAAACUCUACACCUUCAAUGAACAACUUCCAAAUUGACAGAGAUCAAAGACAAAUACUUCCUCAACUCAUUGAUCCUUGGACUAAUGAUGAAGUUCUUGCACUUUUGAAGAUCAGAUCCAGCAUGGAGAGUUGGUUCCCAGAUUUCACUUGGGAACAUGUCUCAAGGAAGCUAGCAGAGGUUGGUUAUAAACGUAGUGCUGAAAAAUGCAAGGAAAAAUUUGAAGAAGAAAGCAGAUUUUUCAACAACAUUAAUCAUAAUCAAAAUAGUUUUGGUAAGAAUUUUAGGUUUGUUACUGAGCUGGAAGAGGUUUAUCAAGGUGGUGGGGGUGAGAAUAACAAAAAUCUAGUUGAGGCUGAAAAGCAAAACGAGGUGCAAGACAAAAUGGACCCUCAUGAAGAGGAUUCAAGAAUGGAUGAUGUAUUGGUGUCAAAGAAAAGUGAAGAAGAGGUAGUUGAGAAAGGUACUACAAAUGAUGAGAAGAAGAGGAAAAGAUCAGGUGAUGAUAGAUUUGAAGUGUUUAAGGGUUUUUGUGAGAGUGUUGUAAAGAAAAUGAUGGAUCAACAAGAAGAAAUGCACAACAAGCUUAUUGAAGAUAUGGUUAAAAGAGAUGAAGAGAAGUUUAGUAGAGAAGAAGCUUGGAAGAAACAAGAGAUGGAGAAAAUGAACAAAGAGCUUGAGUUGAUGGCACAUGAACAAGCUAUUGCUGGUGAUAGACAAGCACAUAUAAUUCAAUUCUUGAACAAAUUCUCGACAAGUGCUAAUUCUUCAUCCCUAACUUCAAUGUCAACUCAACUUCAAGCUUAUUUAGCAACAUUAACUUCAAACUCUUCUUCUUCAACAUUGCACUCACAAAACCCUAAUCCUGAAACUCUUAAAAAAACUCUUCAACCAAUACCUGAAAACCCUAGCUCAACCCUUCCUUCUUCUUCUACUACUUUGGUGGCUCAACCUCGCAACAACAAUCCUAUUUCUUCAUAUAGCCUUAUAUCGAGCGGCGAGAGAGACGAUAUUGGUAGAAGAUGGCCAAAAGAUGAAGUGUUGGCAUUGAUAAACUUGAGGUGCAACAACAACAAUGAAGAAAAGGAAGGAAACAGCAAUAACAAGGCACCACUUUGGGAGAGAAUUUCACAAGGAAUGUUGGAGUUAGGAUACAAGAGAAGUGCAAAGAGAUGCAAAGAGAAGUGGGAGAAUAUCAACAAGUAUUUCAGAAAAACAAAGGAUGCUAAUAGGAAAAGAUCACUUGAUUCAAGAACUUGUCCUUACUUUCAUCUAUUGACCAAUCUUUAUAACCAAGGUAAACUUGUUCUUCAAUCUGAUCAAAAGCAAGAAAGCAAUAACGUGAAUGUGCCUGAAGAAAAUGUUGUUCAAGAGAAAGCAAAACAAGAUGAAAACCAAGAUGGUGCAGGUGAGUCUUCUCAAGUGGGGCCUCCAAGCUGGUAAUUUCACUAUAUAUGCAGCAGGUUCAUUAUCGAGGUGAUAAAACUUUUAUGCAUGUACCUUCUUUGGAUUUUGAUGAUCAGUUUUCAUUUUCAUUGAUUUGUAGAUUUUCAGUGACAUAUAAUAAGUACAACUUCUUUUUAAUAUCUUCUGCGUCAAUUGUUUUUUAUAAACAAAUAUUAGUUAUUACUAUGUUAUAUUA